CUUCGAUUCUUAAUGAAAUGUACGAAAUAUUUUGGCUUCCUGUACUAUGGCAAACUCCAUCAACAACAAUUUUCUGGGAAAUCAGAAGAGACGAAAUUUUAUCUACAACCCGGUUGCAUCAUGCUCAAGAGUAAGCAAUCCGCUUGAACCUCAGCAUAGGAACUCGGCAAGUGUUGUCCAUGCUCAAUCAGUGGUACGAACCCCUGUACAUCGGGAAUCACCGCACAAAAAGUUUAAAAGUUGCCAUAGCUUAUCUGACAGAAAAGCAGAUGAUAUUGUGGCACAGGAAGCUUGUCGUGACCUUCCACUCGAUGCUUUUGAUGACGAAGAGUUUUACACUUUGGAAGAUGACCUCGACGACAACGAUCUUUUGACAGCUGAACAUUUGGACGAAUGUGAUCGACUCGCUUCAUCCGAUUUACAUCCACUACACCAACAGCAAAGUACUGCUGGUAGAAAUGUCACUGUUUCCUCGAACGUGGGUCUUGAUGAGAAUCACGAAGUCAAGUGUACACAAGAUUAUGUCUCUUUAGCUAAUUCAAUGGAAUUACAUGCACCUAAUAAUAUCAAGCCCUUGGUAAAAGGUGAACCAUUCUUGAAUUCACUCGUGGACCAGCGUAAUGGGGUAGUUUCUAUACAAAGUAGUGAUGUAGGUGGGAACAAUGAUCGAAAAGUAGAAAGAGGUAAUUGUCUUGUGCCAAGGCUCUCAGAAGGUGGUCAGCCAACAGAAAUGGACAACCUGAAAAAAGAAAUUGAAAGAUUCAAAACUGAGUGUGCUGCUGCAAACUCUGCAGUGAAAAGACUGGAAGAGGAUAAAUUCUGUAAAGAUGGAGAAAUUAAGAUGUUACGUGAUUCUCUAGCAGAUUAUCAAGCAGACGAGAAGAGAAGGCAAGCAGAGAAAAAAGCUGCUGAUGAAAAACAAGCUAGAGAACAGAGUGAUAGAGAAAGAGAAUUGCUUAAACAAGUUGAAAACUUAACUACUCAAAUCUCUUUCAAAGAACAAGAAAUUUCACAAAUGAUAGAACAAAACAAAAAAAGAACAGGGUCUUUGACAGAUGGAAGUUGUAACAGCCCAAAAAGGAAACCAGUCAAUAUCAGUGAAACUUUUCCAACUGGUAAAUCAUUCUUCCAGAAAACAUCUCCAGAAAGCAAAGUUAAAUCACCAAGGACAAAAGGGAUUGAAAAGGAUGUUAAAACCCUGAGCAAACAGAACUCACCAAGAUUCUCUGAGGGAGAAAAUUCAGAAAACACAGGACUCAGUGGCUCUUCCAGUAGCAGUUCUAUUGUGGACAUAAUGAGGGCCCAUAGAAGAGAUAAUCAUGCUGCUGAAAUAGCCAUUACACAAUUACUUGUUGAAAAAUUUGCAGAAGUGGAACUUGUACAAAACUUGUUAUCACCACAAGAAAAAGAGCAGCAGCACAUCCUUCAGGAACAAGAUGGCUGUGGUAGCAUCCUCUCUCUUCUGACAAAUUGUUCAAAUGUUUACCCUACAUCUUCCAUACCAAAAACCUCUAUGAAUGAGACAGAUGUCACACAUACUUUGAGACUGUUUGAAACUCAGGCUGCCUCAAAACUAGCCAGGUCUACAAGUGGUGUCACUCAGAAAGAUUCUUUUGUUAUGUCCGACAGCAGUUCUGUGAUGCAAACUUUAUCUGGGCUUCUAAAUUAUCACCAAGAAGGAAAUGAUGAAAGUGAAGAAAAAACCUUAAAUUCUGUUUUCAAAAAUCGUCAUUUGCCAGCAGCAGUUAAACUUCUACCCUUACUGGAGAACUGCAUUGCCUAUUAUGUCCAUCAAAGGACAGAACACCAUGAUGAAAACAUUGUCAGUACUUGUUUGCCAAGAAAUUCUCCAACAAAUGACUCUGCAGAGUCUAGAGAAAGUCUAUUUCUUGAAAGUGAACAUGCAAAAAAACUUGCAGCAUUACAAACAAAUGCACUAAUUUCACUGAGACUUCUGAACAUUCUUGUGCUAUACAGCUGUGAAGUUUGUGAAUGUAUUUUAAAGUCAGCGACGGUGUAUGGUGACGGUAAUGAAGUUGACAGUCAUAAUGUAUUAGACACAAAUGAUGAAAUAGCUAAGAUAUUCUCAAGUAAAGUAGAAGAAGAUGGCUUCAUUCAACACCCAUUGUUCUCAAGCACUAAAAUUGCUGCAAAAAAAAGUCCUGUGGACAUUAACUCACACAUCUCCAGUUUAGGCAAAUUGAUGGUGGAGACCUCUGUGGAAACAGAGAGGAUUAGCAAUGAGGAGAAUGUUUAUCAAACAGAUUUACUGGGUUACAUGUUCAGAUUAAUAAUACCUCAACCAAAUAAUUCUGUGAAUGUUGCUCAUGAUACUCUACAAGUCCUCACUUCACUGGCAAGAAAUUGUGAAGUUAAAUUCUUCCCAAGACUGUUGCCGUUGUUGACUGAAAACCUUCUUUCACAUUGUCUUUCCAAAGACUGGACUCUUAACACAUUGUCUUUGGUCACAUCACUCCUAACACUUUUAACCAGACACAGCUGUUUUCGAAGAAGACUCUGUUCCCAAUCAGACGAUUGUAUUUUACUCAAGAUUUAUCAGGGAUGGCUUUUUAAGCCGGCUAAUGCUCCUGACCUAUGCUAUCAAGGAGUUCAUUUAAAGAUUUGUACUUUUGUCAAUAACCUCCUUAAAAACUCAGACUCAUCAGUCUUAUUAUUUCCCUUGGAGAGUGAAUGCCACUGCAACCUUGAGCUAAUCAAGUGCCUUGUAUUGAUGUUGGAUAAAGAACUGAACUCUCUCAGCCAAGUUCCAUCUGAGGCACUGACUGACCAUACACAUAACAGCCACAGUCUAAUGUUACUGAGGCAAGGUGUGUUUCUUCUAUCCAUGUUAUGUCUCAAUGAUCGAAUGUUUGUGGAGCAUCGGGCUGAAGUAGAACAUCAGUAUGUUAAUGUUGUGAGCGGUGUUACCAGACUUUACAAGCAGAUUGUUGGUGUGAUUUCAGAGGCAGAAGUAUUUGCUGUCCAAGAGUUAGUUGAUUUUGAACACAUCCAGGGGAUUGAGUGGUCACAGGAAUCAGAGGAUGAAGAUGAGACUGUUGAAGGAAUGGAACUUGCUGAAUGAAAUUCAAUUUAUUCUCAUAUUUUAAUGACUGAAACCUUUCAGUCACUUUUCAGGUCUUCAUUAAUAAUUGCAGUGAUCCUUUCUGUCAACAUUGGCUGAGAGGAAAGUUUUUAGACAGAAAGAAUAAGCCAGGAUAGAGGAGAGAGCAACAUAUGUGCUUACUCGAAAAUGUGUUAGAAGGUUUUCUUCUGUGAAUGUAAUGAAACUUCUGCUUACUUUUUGUUAAGGUAAACUAUGAUUGAUCUAGCUGAUAUCUGAUCCGUAUGCUCUGAUGAUUAACCAAGGUUAAGAAUUUCAGGUUUCUUGUAAUGAAGUGAGGUUUCCUCAUGCUAGGUAUAGGAGUGUUGUGCAAGAAAAUAAUCAUUUAAAAUGUUCUGUUUGUAAAAAGUAUCUUUUUAUGUGAAA